AUGCCUGCGGUGUCGGCAGUUUCCCGCAGGAAUGCAACAGUUUUCACUUCGACACUCGUGCUCCUCAUGCUGCUCAUAAAAAAGAGGAAGCAAGUACGCGAGCAGCGGCAGCCUCGCCGUUGGUGGAUUCGCCCUGUUUUCUUGGCGCGUAAGCAAGAAGGCCUCUACCACACUGCGAUGAAACGGAUGCGCGAAGGCGAUCAUGGAUUUUUUAAGUUCUAUCGAAUGACGCCAGCACUUUUUGAUGUGCUGCUCAGAUUCGUUGCUCUGGACCUGACAAAAAUCCACGUGUCGAGGGAAACUCUCGAGCCUGGUGAACGGCUUGCAAUAACCUUGAGUUACCUUGCAUCAGGGCAAGAUAUCCCCUCUGUUGCUCUGGCGUAUCGAGUGGGAAUCGAAACUGCCCGCUUGUGCAUUCAUGAAACGUGCGAAGCAAUCUGGGAAAGGCUAAAAGACCAUGUCAUGAAGACACCUACCAAAGCAGACUGGCACUGUAUUGCCAAAGGAUUUCAUUCACGGUGA